CCCGACUCUACACGUUUCGGUAUAAGAUCACAACGGUUACAUGCUUGGCUCAUUUCAUAAAUCUUCGUCCUCGACGCCAGUUUCCCCCAAGGUCAUCGCUCUUCGACGUACACAGACGCGGGGUUAAGAGAGCGACAUGAAGGCCGCGCAGCUGACGGGAAGGUUGUGUUUGUUGAUGGUGGUGGUGUCGGUGGUGGGAAAAGCCGAGCGCAUCACCAGUCAACGGGAGGUUCAUCUUCCUGAUGUGGAAAGACCCAGAGUGGCCGAGGACUGCGCCGAUCACCUGCUGGCCGGGCGCAACAUCAGCGGGAUGUACGAAAUCCAUCCCUUCUCGUGCACGUGUGGAAGAUCCGUGCAGGUGUGGUGUGACAUGGAUACGGACGGGGGCGGGUGGACGGUAUUCCUGAGCCGCCAGAAGCAGACACAUCAAUUUGACUUUAACCGCACGUGGGAGGAGUACAAGAAGGGUUUUGGAAGGGCAGACGAGGAGUACUGGCUGGGUAACGAGAUACUCUACGCCAUGACCCACAGCCGCACCUACUCCUUGAGGCUCGACAUGACCAAGACCACCGGCGAGAGGGACUACGCAACCCGGGAGGACUUCAGGGUGAGCUCUGAGGAGGACAGGUAUUGGCUGCAGGUGUCGGGUGCAUCACAGUCCUCGGUGGCUGAUCGAUGCCUCUCCAACAUGCAUUACAAGCGGGAGUUCAGCACCAGCGACCGCGACAACGACGGUGUUAAUGACAACUGUGCCGUCAGACACGGUGGCGGGUGGUGGUACAGAUGGUCUUGCGUUCAGUUCAACCCGACGGCAACGUUUGUCAAUGGGUCCUUGCACCUCAAUUGCCAGUAUCAUCUCGCGAACGUCACCAGGAUGCAGAUGAAGGUUCGCCCAGUCAUUUGCGACACCUCCCUCAAGACAAACAGGCUCUGGGAGAAUAGUUAUUGCUAUGAGUAAUGUUUGCUUCUUGGUCUGCUCAGCCUCGCCCGUGUCUGAUUCUACGGUCCUUUUAGGCCGUCAAUGUCAUCAGUGCUAUUACCUCAAAAGGCCAUUCUGAUCCUUGUGUUCCCACGACUUCAGCCAGUCCGUGUUUGCCAAAGGGAAUCCAAUAUUGUCAACACAAAGAUGUUGAUUUAGAACUACAGGAACAAAACAUUUACAUUUAUAUAAUUGUAAUCAAAGACCGUGAUUUUCAUAAUAAGAAGGAACUUUAAGAUGUUUACAGUACUGUGUUUUCAUUUACUUAAAAUAAAUUUUCACUGUA